CCUCCGUUGGGAUACCACGAGUUAGGAAUGGCUUCCCCAGACACCCAGCUAACUAAACUCCUGGACCUGGUCAGGGCGGGCGACGCCGAGGCAUUGCGCGCGGGUUUCGCCUCCCUCGGCCCGCGCGCCACCAAGGACUUCUUCGCUGAGAAGCCGCUGCAUAUUGCUGCCGAAGAAGGCCACGAGGAAAUAAUCAAGAUGCUAGUCUCUUUAGGAGCCAAUAUUAACGACAAAAAUGAUGAAGGGUGUACUCCGCUACACUUGGCUGCUGAACAAGGCCACGGAACAGCGGCAGAGGAGCUUCUCACUGAGAGUGCUGAUGUGAAUGCGGCGGACAAUUCGGGCUACACUCCGCUACACUUGGCUGCCCAAGAAGGUCAAGAUUCAGUGGUAGAGAAACUCAUCGCUAGGGGCGCUGAUACGAACGCUAAGGACGAUGCGGGCUACACUCCGCUACACUUGGCUGCCCAAGAAGGUCAAGAUUCAGUGGUAGAGAAACUCAUCGCUAGGGGCGCUGAUACGAACGCUAAGGACGAUGCGGGGUUUACUCCGCUACACUUGGCUGCUCAAGAAGGGGAGGAGGCGGCGGCAGAGAUGCUCAUCGACAAAGGCGCUGAUGUGAACGCGAAGGAAAUCGAAGGCUACACUCCGCUACACUUGGCUGCCCAAGAAGGUCAAGAUUCAGUGGUAGAGAAACUCAUCGCUAGGGGCGCUGAUACGAACGCUAAGGACGAUGCGGGGUUUACUCCGCUACACUUGGCUGCUCAAGAAGGGGAGGAGGCGGCGGCAGAGAUGCUCAUCGACAAAGGCGCUGACGUAAACGCGAGGGAGAACGAAGAGUACACCCCGUUACACUUGGCUGCUCAGGAAGGCCACACGGCGAUGGCAGAGGCGCUCAUUGCUAAGGGCGCUGAUUUGAACGCGAAGAACAACGCUGGGCUUACACCGUUACACUUGGCGGCUCAGGAAGGGCACAAGGCCACGACAGAGAAGCUCAUCGACAAGGGCGCAGACGUGAACGCGAAGGAAGCCAGCGGGUACACCCCGUUACACUUGGCUGCUCAAGCAAGUCAGGCAGUGACGGCACAGGCGCUCAUCGCCAAAGGCGCUGAUUUGAACGCGAAGGACGUUGCGGGGCAUGCUCCGCUACACUUGGCUGCUGAAGAAGGCCAUGAAGCGGUGGCAGAGGUGCUCCUUGCCAGUGGCGCUUAUGCCAACACGAAAGACGACAUGGGGUGGACGCCGCUACACUGGGCUGCCCAGAAUGGCCGGGGGGCAGCGGCCGAGACCCUCCUAGCGAAGGGAGCCAAGAGGAACGCCACAACGCUCGACGGUCAGACAGCAAUGCACAUUGCAGCUUCCGAAGGCCAUCUCCAUGUACUUUUUACGCUGGUGAAACUUGGCGUCGCUACGAACGUGAGGAGCAGCCGAGGAAAGACCCCCAAGGAAAUGCUAAAAGAAACUUCCCCAACUGCAGAUUACGACAUGGAAAUCUUCAAAGGCAUCUCACUGAUAGAGAUAAUGGAGAAAUACCUCGCAGCCGAAAGGGGGAAGGUCAGCCUGCAGAGAGACAACAGCACGCUUCAGAGUGAACACAAACAUGAGCUGAAGAGCAUUAAGGAAGAUCAGAGACAAAAAGCCGCUGACUCUCGGGAAAUGAAGAAGGAAAUCGCUGCUUUAAAGGAGAAGAUCAAGGCGAUGGAGGUGAGACAAAGAAGAGAGAGAGAGAGAGAGAGAGAGAGAGAGAGAGAGAGAGAGAGAGAGAGAGAGGAGGAGAGAGAGAGAGAGGAGAGAGAGAGAGGAGAGGAGAGAGAG